UUGGGACCCUAAAACCAAAAUCACGCGCUUUAUUACUGAAAUUAAUUAACCCCUUAAUCUUCUUCAUCUUCUUCUUCCUUAUAUAUUAUUAUUUCAUUCACUCUCUUUCUCUGCCUUGUUUGACUGUAAAAGCAUAGGGGCUUAUACCUUGCUUGGAUUUCAUUUCAGAUUAGCAAACUAAACGGGUUCUAGCUACCAGUGAAGCCACAGCAGCAGCCAUUGGAACCAACAAAGAAUAUGACUUUGCUUUGUGCUUUUAGAUAAAGGCAUUGACUUUGUCUUGUGUUUGUAACUCAUUGUGGUGAGAAGAUGGUAUUAGACUCAAGGAUUUGAUAGCAAAUUUGGUUCAUUUUUGUUGUUGUUGUUGAUGUGAAAGCAAAAGAAUUGAACACAAUGAUUAACAAAACGCUUGUGCUCACUUACCUUUACCUGCUAAUCUACAUUUUGCUUUCUUCUGGGGUCAUUUUGUACAACAAGUGGGUUCUGUCUCCUAAAUACUUCAACUUUCCGCUCCCUAUAACGCUUACAAUGAUUCACAUGGGGUUUUCUGGAGCUGUCGCGUUUUUGCUUGUUCGGGUUUUCAAGGUUGUAACUCCUGUGAAAAUGUCAUUUGAAAUAUAUGCAACAUGUGUUAUACCAAUAAGUGCCUUCUUUGCAUCAAGUCUUUGGUUUGGUAACACAGCUUACUUGCACAUCUCUGUGGCCUUCAUUCAGAUGCUGAAAGCCUUAAUGCCUGUGGCAACAUUUGUCAUGGCUGUUGUGUGUGGCACUGACAAACCAAGGUGUGACGUAUUCUUGAACAUGUUGCUGGUCAGUGUUGGAGUUGUCAUUUCCUCAUAUGGGGAGAUUCAUUUUAAUGUAGUUGGUACACUUUACCAGGUUACGGGCAUCUUUGCAGAAGCUCUCCGUCUUGUCUUAACACAAGUCCUUCUACAAAAGAAGGGCUUGACACUAAAUCCCAUCACUAGCUUAUACUACAUAGCUCCAUGCAGUUUUGUUUUUCUGUUUGUGCCUUGGUAUUUACUGGAAAAGCCUGAGAUGCAAGUUUCACAGAUUCAGUUCAACUUAUGGAUCUUUUUCUCCAAUGCUCUUUGCGCGUUGGCCCUGAACUUCUCCAUUUUCUUAGUAAUCGGUAGAACAGGAGCAGUUACCAUCCGGGUUGCUGGCGUUCUGAAAGACUGGAUAUUGAUAGCCCUUUCAACUGUCAUAUUUCCGGAGUCCACAAUAACAGGGCUGAAUAUAAUUGGCUAUGCAAUUGCACUAUGCGGUGUUGUCAUGUACAAUUACAUAAAGGUCAAGGAUGUUCGAGCAUCUCAACAACCUGCUGAAAGUCUUCCUGAAAGAAUUACAAAGGAUUGGAAGUUGGAGAAGAAGUCAUCUGACAUUUUUGUGCCGAAUAAUAGCAGUGAUAGCAGGGGAGGCAGUGGAGGAAAUGGUGCUGCAUCCGAUUUGAAUGUUGAUAUAGAAGCACCUCUACUUUCAACGUCAAGGUUAUCUCAUAUUGGACGUACGCAUCUCAUUCGUGAUCCAUAAAAUCCUAAAAUCGGCGUUAGAGUACGUAUAUUGGAAUAGGAAAAGAAGUAGAGGAAGCCAGUUCAAGUGCACAAUAAUCCUUCAUUCUUUCCGGGGCAAUGGAUUUACACUUUGAGAGCAAAAGCGAUUCAUUCGUAGCAUGUAUACACUUGAUUUGCCAGCCUUUAAGUUUUGUAGUUGGGACAUGUGGACGAAUCAACCAUAAUAUAAUCAAGGCUCAUGAUUUGGUGA